AGUUCUCAGCCAAAGAUUUUCAUCCAACUGGGUACUCAAAGUGACCUGUCUUGAAAUUCCGAUCUAAUAGGAGCCCCUUGCACACGCCAAAGAUGUCAAAGGGAGACGGUCGCGCGAAGAAGGAAGUUUACUUCCAAAAGCUUUCCCAGCUUCUCGAGGAGUACCCGACGAUCUUCAUCGUCAACGUGGAUAAUGUCAGCAGUAACCAGAUGCACCAAGUUCGUCACAGCCUUCGUGGUGAUGCCGUGGUUCUCAUGGGCAAGAACACCAUGGUUCGACGGGCUCUCCGCAAUUUGAUCGCGGAUAACCCGAACUACGAGAAGCUUCUAACUGUCAUCAAAGGCAACGUUGGUUUUGUCUUCACCAAGGGUGACCUGAAGGAGAUCCGUGAGAGGAUUGUUGCCAAUCGGGUACAGGCUCCUGCCAAAGCUGGCGCUGUUGCCCCUGUCGAUGUCACCAUCCCCGCUGGUAACACUGGGAUGGAACCUGGAAAGACGUCCUUCUUCCAGGCAUUGGGCAUUCCCACCAAGAUCGCUAAGGGUACCAUUGAAAUCGUCAACGAUGUACCUCUGAUCCAUGCUGGCAGCAAAGUUGGUGCCUCUGAGGCCACUUUGCUAAACAUGAUGAACAUUUCUCCCUUCACGUACGGUAUGACGAUUCAGGCAGUGUACGAUAACGGUACCAUUUUCUCCCCAGAAAUCUUGGAUAUCGAUGAAUCGGAUCUUUUGGCUAGCCUCGUUCAGGGCAUCACAACCAUUGCCGCCGUAUCCAUGGCCAUUGGGUACCCUACCAUUGCAUCAGUUCCCCACCUUUUGAUCAAUGGUUACAAGAACUUGAUCAGCAUUGGUCUUACCACUGAGUACUCUUUCGACGCUGUUGAGAAGGUGAAGGAGAUCCUUGCUGAUCCUUCCAAAUUUGCAGUUGCGGCUGCGCCUGCUGCUGCCGCCACGGAAGCUGCACCGGCUGCUGCGAAAGAGGAAGAAAAGGAGGAAUCUGACGACGACAUGGGCUUCGGAUUGUUUGAUUAGAAUAUUGGAGAAUGUUGGGAGCUUGAUUACCAUCGAGAAUAUACUAGCCAACUUUGCUCACCCAAAUCCAAUGUGCCGAAACUACUCUUGGCAUCAUUAGUCUAAUUCCUUCUCGUGUAACAAACUGUGCGAUGCAAAAGUUUUUCCAUGUCCGGCCAUUGUUAAGUGCAACUCUACAUGCAGGAUACAAUGAAAGUUUGUAUUUAAUCCA